CGCGCGGGGGCCCGGGCGGGCGGCGCGGCGCGGCCAUGAGCGGGCGGCCGGCCCCAGUCUCCCGCAAGCAGCGGCUCAUGGCAGCCGUGGGCGAGCGGGCGGCGGGCGGCGCGCCACUCUCCUGCUUCAUCUGCGGCGGCGGCAUCGGGCGCGGCAAGGAGCUGAAGCUGCAGGUGAAGCAGCCGGCGGCGGGCGCGGGGGCCCCGGCGCAGCCCUUCUUCCCGUUCCUGCAGCAGCAGGAGCCGGCGCCCGGCGCGCGCGAGCUGUCCCCGGCGGACGGCUGCGUGCUGGUGUGCGCCGUGUGCCGCUGCUUCCUGGGCGAGCAGUGGGCCGCCUUCGAGCGCGCCCGCACGCCAGUGGACAAGCGCAUGUACUGGCUCAAGCGGCCCCACCAGUGCGACGCGGGUGCGGGCGGCCGCCGCGGCGGCGCCGGGGCCCCCCGCGAGUGGAACGUCGCCUACGCGCUGGGCAGCGCCGCAGGCGACGACGACGACGACGACGGUGGCGGCCCCCGGCUCCGCGGGGCAGCCGAGGGGACUCGAGACUCGGACCUGUCGGAUCUAUCGGACACCGACCCCCUUUCCGAGCCCGACCCGCCCGCGCGCGACGCUGCCAGCCCCCACCAGGACAGGGCGCCGGCGCCGCGGGUCCCCCCGGGGCCAGGGCCUCGCGGGGGGCGCGGCCAGGAGUGGAGGCCGGCUCUGGGACCCCCUCCGGGACCGGGCGCAGAGGCCCCGGUGCAGGGGCGCGCGGAGGAGGAGGGGCUCCCUGCGAGGUUCCACGCGGAUGGGGAGCCCAAGGCCGGGCUUAGGCGCCGGCGGAAGGGGGUUGGGAGACACUGGGUUCCCGAGGCCCGGGCCAGCGUCCUGAGGGGCAUUCAGGAUCCUUGGCAGGGCCCUCCUGUCCAAGAGGCCCCUGCAGACGGCAUGAAAGGGCCCGCCUCCGGCAGGGCCACCAAGCCCCUGGAGAGCAGGCCUCUGGGGGACACCCUUCGGGGCUUCUGCACGUCCGAGGACAGUGACAUCAACAUCACCAGCGGGGAAGAGGAUCACAAGGAGUCGCCUUUCCCAGGCUCCUGCAACCCCAAAGAGAAGGAGAACAGUGGCCGUGGCCCCCGGGCCCUCCCGGACAGCCGGGCGGCCCCACCAGAGGGCCUUUGCUGCUACAUCUGCGGGUCCCCGCUGUCCCCGGCCUCGCACCACCAGGUCCACGUGCAGAAGCAGGAGAAGCUGGCGCAGGCCCCGUUCUUCCCCUUCCUGUGGCUGCACAGCCCGCCCCCAGGGGCACAGCCCAUCAGCGAGGGCGGCAGCACCUUAGUGUGCACCAGCUGCUUCUCCUCCCUCACGCAGCAGUGGCAGAGCUUCGAGCUGGCCAACGUGCCAGUCCUGCAGCGACUCUACGUGGUGCCCCUGGACAGCCACGCCCCCGGCAUGGCCUCCAAGGGCAGGAGACUCCCCAGGGAAGAGGGCCUUCCGCCUGGGGCCCUGCGAGAGGCCUGCUACCUCUGCGGGGAGGACUGUACCCCGGAUGCCCGGGCGGUGCCCUCCAGGAUCCUCAACGGCAACGCCAGGAGCGCAAUGCAUUUUCCUUUCCUCAGCCUCCUGCCCUGCCCGCCCAAUGCCCAGGGCCCCAACAAGCGCUGCGAGGUCCGCAGCUGCCCCAAGUGCUUCAGCGUGCUGGAGGACGUCUGGGCCCUGUACCGGGCCUGCCAGAAGGAGGAGCUCAUCACCUCCGUGCAGGGCUUCCUGGGCAGGUACCACCAGGCCUUCUCCGCCUCCGACCCUGCCCUCUCUGAGCUGCCCGCAUCAGCCCAGGGCAGCCAUGUGUCCAUCUGCUACAUCUGUGGGGCUGAGCUGGGCCCCGGGAGGGAGUUCCAGCUCAACGUGAACCCCGCCAGCCGCUUGGGCGAGAAGGAGCCGUUCUUCCCCUUCCUCACCGUGUAUCCGCCGGCGCCUCGUGCCAUGCCUGUGGACUCCACUGGACUGGUGGCCACCUGUGUGCUCUGCUACCAUGACCUGCUGGCCCAGUGGCUGCAGCACGAGGCCCGCAGCACCCAUCACGCUGUCAGCGCCUGGUCCCGGCAGUACCACGUGGAGACAUUCGUGUGCUUCUUUUGCCAGCAGGAGAAGAAACGGUGUCUGGGGCUGAAGUCUGUGCGGGUGGCCCGGCUGCCCCUGUUCCUAUACACACUUCGAGCAAGCCACAGCCUGCUGGUGGAUGACGGACAGCAGCUGAUCAUCGGCGCUUGCAUGGAGUGUGGGACCCUGGUGUCUGCGGGCCAAGGGCUCACCUGCCAGGGACCCAUGAGCUGGAGCUCCCCGGUGGCAGCAGCAACGAAGGCUGUUUCUGGAUCUCUGGAAGUAUCGACAGCCGCUCACCCUCCCACCCGGGAGUCUGAGCCCCGGCCGGGUGCCCCUGCGGAGAACCUGCCCAGAGGCCCCAGGAUGGUCCAGGAGCUGAGGCCAGCACCGUGUCUGCAGGGCAGCCAGGAGGAGGACAGACCAGACCUCACUGGCGCAGGCAUGAGCCAUGAGCCCAAGUCCCCUUCGCUAGGGAUGCUUUCCACCGCGACCAGGACCACCGCCACCGUCAACCCCCUCACCCCCUCGCCGCUCAAUGGCGCCCUGGUGCCCAGCGGCAGCCCCGCCACCAGCAGCGCGCUGUCGGCCCAGGCCGCGCCGUCCUCCAGCUUUGCCGCCGCGCUGCGCAAGCUCGCCAAACAGGCGGAGGAGCCCAGAGGGUCCUCACUGAGCAGCGAGUCGUCCCCCGUGUCCUCUCCGGCCACCAACCACAGCUCCCCCGCCAGCACACCCAAGCGUGUGCCCAUGGGCCCUAUCAUCGUCCCCCCUGGGGGCCACAGCGUGCCCAGCACACCCCCAGUGGUGACCAUCGCCCCGACCAAAACUGUCAAUGGCGUCUGGAGGAGCGAGAGCCGGCAGGACGCCGGCUCCAGGAGCAGCAGUGGCGGUCGGGAACGCCUCAUUGUGGAGCCCCCGCUCCCCCAGGAGAAGGCAGGGGGCCCAGCCAUCCCCUCGCACCUGCUCAGCACCCCCUACCCCUUCGGCCUCUCCCCCAGCUCGGUCGUGCAGGAUUCCCGCUUCCCGCCACUCAACCUCCAGCGGCCUGUGCACCAUGUGGUGCCCCCCAGCACCGUGACCGAGGACUACCUGAGAAGCUUCCGGCCCUACCACACCACUGACGACCUCCGCGUGUCCUCACUGCCUCCCCUCGGCCUGGACCCGGCCACCGCCGCAGCCUACUACCACCCCAGCUACCUGGCCCCGCACCCCUUCCCCCACCCGGCCUUCAGGAUGGAUGACUCCUACUGCCUGUCCGCCCUGAGAUCCCCGUUCUACCCUAUCCCCACUCCUGGCUCCCUGCCCCCACUGCACCCAUCAGCAAUGCACCUCCACCUCUCCGGGGUCCGCUACCCACCCGAGCUCUCCCACUCAUCCCUGGCGGCGCUGCACUCGGAGCGCUUGUCUGGCCUCAGUGCAGAGAGGCUGCAGAUGGACGAGGAGCUGAGGCGGGAGCGGGAGCGGGAGCGGGAGCGCGAGGCUGACCGCGAACGUGAGAAGGAGCGUGAGCGUGAACGUGAGAAGGAGCGUGAGCAGGAGAAGGAGCGGGAGCGGGAGAAGGAGCGGGAGCGGGAGCUGGAGCGCCAGCGGGAGCAGCGGGCCCGGGAGAAGGAGCUGCUGGCCGCCAAGGCCCUGGAGCCCGCCUUCCUGCCUGUGGCCGAGCUGCAUGGGCUGCGUGGCCAUGCCACCGAGGAGCGGGGCAAGCCCUCGGAGCAGCUGACCCCAACCCGAGCAGAGAAGCUGAAGGAUGCCGGCCUGCAGGCGCCCAAGCCUGUGCAGCACCCCUUGCAUCCGGUGCCCACCCCACACCACGCGGUGCCCAGCCUCAUCUCCAACCACGGCAUCUUCUCUCUGCCGAGCAGCAGCGCUGCCACGGCCCUGCUGAUCCAGCGCACCAAUGAGGAGGAGAAGUGGCUGGCGCGGCAGCGGCGGCUGCGGCAGGAGAAGGAGGAUCGGCAGUCUCAGGUGUCGGAGUUCCGGCAGCAGGUGCUGGAGCAGCACCUGGACAUGGGCCGGCCCCCAGUACCUGCAGAGGCGGAGCACAGGCCCGAGAGCACCACCAGGCCAGGACCGAACCGUCACGAGCCAGGUGGCCGUGACCCUCCGCAGCACUUUGGGGGGCCACCACCUCUGAUUUCACCCAAGCCCCAGCUCCAUGCUGCACCUACAGCCCUCUGGAACCCCGUGUCCCUGAUGGACAACACCUUGGAGACGCGGCGCCCUGAGAGCCACCCUCUGCACAGCCACCCGGCUGCAUUUGAGCCUAGCCGUCAGGCAGCCAUGCCACUGGUGAAGGUGGAGCGGGUCUUCUGCCCGGAGAAAGUGGAAGAGGGGCCACGGAAGCGUGAGCCUGCCCCCCUGGACAAGUACCAACCACCUCCACCGCCACCACGAGAGGGAGGGACCCUGGAACACCAGACCUUCCCACCUGGGCCUGGGCCCUUCCUCGCUGAGCUCGAGAAGUCCACCCAGACCAUCCUGGGCCAGCAGCGGGCCUCCCUCCCACAGGCAGCCACCUUUGGGGAGCUCAGUGGACCCCUGAAGCCUGGCUCACCCUACCGGCCCCCAGCACCACGGGGCCCUGACCCUGCCUACAUCUACGAUGAGUUCCUGCAGCAGCGCCGGAGGCUCGUGAGCAAGCUGGACCUGGAGGAGCGCAGGCGGCGGGAGGCCCAGGAGAAAGGGUACUACUACGACCUCGAUGACUCUUACGAUGAGAGCGAUGAGGAGGAGGUCAGGGCACACCUCCGCUGUGUGGCCGAGCAGCCGCCCCUCAAACUGGACACGUCCUCCGAGAAGCUAGAGUUUUUGCAACUUUUUGGCUUGACCACCCAACAGCAGAAGGAGGAAUUGGUGGCCCAGAAGCGGAGGAAGCGGCGGCGGAUGUUGAGAGAGAGAAGCCCGUCGCCCCCCACAAUUCAGAGCAAGCGGCAGACGCCGUCACCGAGACUGGCGCUUUCCACCCGCUACAGCCCCGAUGAGAUGAACAACAGCCCCAACUUCGAAGAGAAGAAGAAGUUCCUGACCAUCUUCAACCUGACCCACAUCAGCGCCGAGAAGAGGAAAGACAAAGAGAGACUUGUUGAAAUGCUCCGUGCCAUGAAGCAGAAGGCACUGUCACCAGCAGUGGCCGGCUCCUUGACAAACUCUCCGAGGGACAGUCCUGCCGUCUCCCUGAGUGAACCAGCCACGCAGCAAGCCCCUCUGGACGUGGAGAAGCCAGUUGGUGUUGCUGCUUCCUUGCCUGACGUCCCAAAGGCCGUGGAGCCUGGGAAGCUGGAACAGGUCCGGCCCCAGGAGCUGUCAAGAGUCCAGGAGCUAGCUCCUGCCAGUGCGGAGAAGGCCAGGCUGAGUGAGGGCUCUGGAGGCAAGAAGAGCCUGAGCAUGCUUCACUACAUCCGGGGCGCUACAGCCAAGGACAUUCCUGUGCCGCUGUCCCACAGCACCAACGGGAAGAGCAAGCCAUGGGAGCCCUUUGUGGCAGAAGAGUUUGCCCAUCAGUUCCACGAGUCAGUGCUGCAGUCCACCCAGAAGGCCCUGCAGAAGCAUAAAGGGAGCGUGGCUGUGCUAUCUGCAGAGCAGAACCAUAAGGUCGACGCGUCUGUCCACUACAACAUUCCCGAGCUGCAGUCCUCUAGCCGUGUCCCUCCACCCCAGCACAAUGGGCAGCAGGAGCCCCCCACUUCAAGGAAGGGCCCCCCAACGCAGGAGGUGGACCGGGACUCGGAGGAGGAGGAGGAAGAGGAUGAAGAUGGAGAAGAGGAUGAGGAAGCACCCAGGCGCAAGUGGCAAGGGAUUGAGGCCGUUUUUGAAGCUUACCAGGAACACAUAGAAGAGCAAAAUCUGGAGCGGCAGGUGUUACAGACGCAAUGCAGACGACUGGAGGCCCGGCACUACAGUCUCAGCCUGACGGCAGAGCAGCUCUCCCACAGUGUGGCGGAGUUGAGGAGCCAGAAACAGAAGAUGGUCUCAGAACGCGAGCGGCUCCAGGCGGAACUGGACCACUUACGAAAGUGCCUUGCCUUGCCUGCAAUGCACUGGCCUAGGGGCUACCUGAAGGGAUACCCCAGGUGACGGUUUCCCUUGCACUAGGCCGAACCUAUAGUAUAGAAAUAUUAUCUAUUUUAUUACCUUGAAUAUUUAAUAUUUUUCACUGGGAGGUUUGAAGCUUAAAAAAUGAGAAUGUGCCAUGCAUGAAGCAAAGGAUUCCAGGCUCCAGAAAAAAAAAAAAAAAGAAUGAAUGAACUCACCUUGACUUCAAUGCAACUGAAUCACCUUUGUCAUUCAGCGAGCAACCAACGUAGGAUGCCAUAGUUUCUUUUUACAGGCGGUUUUAGUUCUUCCUCUCCCACACUGUUUUUUUAAUCUGAACAUGAAGGCUCCAUUACCAACACUAAAACUUUAUGAUUUACAGCCCCCUGUGCGUAUGAGCGGAUCACGCCGGUUCUGUUCUUUCUUGUGUUGCCAUGUUACUAUGCCUCAAGCCAAGUCUGCUUUUGCGGCAGUGAUGGGGUCAGUCUCAUUCCUCCCCGGGAGUGAAACUUGCUUCACUCAAAAGAAGGUUGGGUGCAUUGUAAGUAAAAAGGGCUUAUUUGUUUCAUUUACUUUCCUGCAAAAUUUUCUUCAAAGCAACAAGUCCUAGGAGCACACAAAGCAACCCAAAGGCUUUUCCCUGGAAAAGCUCUUACCUAAAGAGAAAAUGAAUUCACAAACUGAAGGUACCUUUUUAUUACUCCGUGGGGAGCAUGUACAGAGCUCUGUGGAUACACAGCUUCACACCCACCAGAUUGUUACUACAGGGGGUGGGGUUUUCAUACAGACGUAAAUUUUGAGAGAAAAGUCAAAGGUGCUUCAGCCUUGUACUGUGUAUAUAUAUUAAAAAACAAAGUUUUGUAUGUUUUUAUUACUUUAACUAUUGUUAUAAAAAGCCUGCCAUUUUUAAUAUGUGGUUUGGGGGAUUUUUGUUUGUUUUUCCUGUUGGGGGUUUUUUGUUUGUUGUUUUUGUUUUUUUUUUUUUUGGGGGGCAAAAAAAAAAAAAAAAACCCUUGCUUUUAGUGUUUGUACUGCUGCUGGUCAGGACAUUAAAAUAUUGAAGUGUUUUUAAAAAUUAAGAAGAAAAGUAAAAGAGCUUACCACUGGCGCCUAUGCGAUCACUUCAUUUUUAGCUUGGGUUGCACCAGAAGCUACCGUAGAAAGCCAUGGGCUACUGCUCACCUCCUCCACUCCCCCUUCCCCACCCCUAGCAUCAGGACAAGCUAGUAUCACCCACUGCUAUCCAGGGAAGAGGGGGUAAUCUGUAGAACCUGUGCUUGACAACCAUCUGCACGCAUGGGCGGGGGCUUUUAAAAGCCUUCCAGAAACGAAAUGAUUUCUGCGAUAGAAUUCUAAGGUAUCUGAGAGCGGGUACAGAAUAUGAACUUCAGAGGCUUUAAAUGCAAAGCUUUGUAAAAGCCUAAAAGUAGGGCAAACAAGGUCUGAGCUGAACCCCUCCUUUUUUGAACUUACUGUGACAAGCACAGGCACGGCCAGAAACUGGGCUCCUCACACCAAAGCAAAGCACUAGGCGCAUCCUCCUCCCAGUUGCUGCUUGUGGUGGUACUGCUGAGAUCACAAAGGCCUCUCUCGCUCCCGUGGGCCCUCACCAGAGGCCAGGGCCCCCGCUGACCAGUCCAGGGGUGGAGUCCUGAGCUCCGGCAGGGUGCCUGACCUGUGUGCUGGCUGCUCACUGCUGAGACCAGCAGCCAAGCCCUGGGCCCCAGCCCUUGCUGUGCACAACAGCUUGCUGGCAGCUGGCAGCCUGUCACUUUAUCUGCCCCCGCACAGUUUGCUUUGUAAGUCUGCCAAGAAUCUUCCAGUUAUUAGCAAACUCAAAUAAACGUACCACCAGUAUUAUCAGCAGUCAGCAAGCGCCUUGCUCUCCACAGAAGCAGCUGGAAGAGAACGCGGGGGGCUGUGCUAUAGGCCUGCCCCCAAAAGACACGGGGAGGUCAGCAUGUUCCGCAAGUGUUCAGAGGGAGUCCGCUAACAACAAUCAGGACAAAAUCUCACUGGAUUUCUCCACCGAAAACCUGCUUGAGGUUUCUGGCCUUAGCACUUCUAAGCUUUGGUAAGGGCCUCGGCUUCAGUAAAAGGGAAACACAGAUCCGUUAACUUAAAAACACAGCCCAUCCCUUACCAUCCAAGGAGCGCUCCCUUGGUUGGCUUUUCUGCGACAGCACAGGGGACAGGUGGCACACUCUGAGAGGUCUGCCCCGGGAGGAGAGCAGUGUCCCUGUAGCUAGCAAUAGCUGCCUUCUGCCCAGCCCUUGAGCUUCUCCUACUGUCUCCCCAUCCUUCCACCUACUGUGGUGAUCUCCAAGUACUCUUACUCAAGGAAUACGACAAUCAGAAUACAAACCAGUAGACAACACAAACUAAGAAAAGGUAAGAAGCAUCUCUCAAAAACGAAAGCACACCAUUUAGACACAGCACCCAGUCAUGACCAUCUUCCUCUAUUACCUGGAAGGCAGCUGCCAUUUAUCCUCCACAGAGGGAUACCUUCUAAUAGUAAAUUAUCUGGUUUCUCAUUCAAACAAUGUAUUAUUCUUUGUUUCAUACAAUCAGAGCCAGACUGACAUAAAAUACCAUGUUCCUAAUCCAGUGUCUGAGAUAUGCGAACGAGACAGUAUUGUCCACACAGUAAUCUAUAUUCUAAGCUUAACAAAGUACUGAAUUGGCACUAACAGUUGGGUAGGUUACACCCGUAAGAGAAUUCAGAGAGUAUCUAAAGGAGCCCACACCUGCAGCAGCAAAGGAUUCUGACACAGGGAAUCCACAGUUUGUAGCAGAAUGGUAUUUUCUUCAAGUAGCUCAUAAUACUGCCAAAUCUCAAAAAUUAAGCUGAAUUUCAAACCAGAUACUCCCCCUUUCCCUGAGCCACACAUUUCACCCAAGUAUAGAAAAUUCCAGGGAUCUACCACAAGAUGGAGAUGGUCAACACAGCCGAUUCUGUUCCUCUUUCAACUGUGUGUUAGCCACUUAGCAGUCUCUGUACUCUUUCAAGUAACCAAGCUGUUGACUUUCUUACUACUUGCAGUAGCCUGUCCCCAACUUUUCAAUGCAGUGCUUAACCUGAGAAACUCCUUAAACGCUGCCUUGACCCGAGGAAGACCAUGCUCAUUGGUGGUGUUUUGUACGUACCCUGUGCUUAAUUCUAGAAGAGGAAACCCAUACACAGGUGGGAGGGAGGAACACCGGUGCCUCGGUCACUCUGGGGGCAGUUUAGAUGCUGUGAAAUUAAACCUGUUCUAAGUGUACUUGUUUGAAUUAAUUGUAUUGUAAUAUUAUUUGUUGAAUGUAGUAAUUAGGUAUUUAUGAAUAUAUUGCUGUAAUUUCUGACAACAUCCAAAAAAUAAAAUCUUCCUAAAUCAUG